AUGGUCGCUACCAAGAUUGAUGGCACUGCCAUCGCCAAGAAGAUCCGGGAGACGUUGGGGAACGACAUUCUCGAGAAGCAGAAGCUGAACCCUAGAUUCCAGCCUACUCUUACGAUCAUUCAGGCCACCUAUGUUCGCAUGAAGGACAAGGCCGCCAAGGAGGCAAACAUUGGAUGUGAACUGGUUCACUUUCCCGAGUCCAUCUCUGAGCCCGAGCUCCUUGACCGCAUCUACCGCCUCAACGACGACCCCGCCGUCCACGGUAUCUUGGUGCAAUUGCCUCUUCCCAAGCACCUCGAUGAGUACACUAUCACUUCUGCUGUUGCAGACGAGAAGGAUGUCGAUGGCUUCGGCACCAGGAAUAUUGGCGAGCUUGCGAAGCGGGGUGGUCGUCCUCCCUUCGUUCCCUGCACUCCCAAGGGCGUUAUGGUCCUGCUUCAGGAGGCUGGCGUCGACUUGAAGGGCAAGAACGCUGUUGUUCUUGGUCGCAGCGACAUCGUCGGCAGCCCUGUAAGCUACCUUCUUCGCAAUGCGGACGCCACUGUCACUGUAUGCCACUCCAAGAGUCAGGGCCUGCAGGAGCACCUCAAGGCAGCCGAUGUUGUCGUCGCUGCCAUUGGCCAGCCCGGCUUCGUGAAGGGCGAGUGGCUCAAGCCCGGCGUCGUUGUCAUCGACGUCGGUACCAACUACAUCCCCGAUUCUACCAAGAAGUCUGGUCAGCGUCUCGUUGGAGAUGUCGACUACGAGUCGGCUUCCCAGGUCGCUUCUCACAUUACCCCGGUUCCUGGCGGUGUCGGGCCCAUGACCGUCGCAAUGCUCAUGCACAACGUUGUCGACUCGGCCGUGCAGGCUUUUGAGCGUGAGAAGCAGAGGAAGAUUGUUCCUCUGCCUCUUCACCUCAAGGAGCCUGUCCCAUCUGACAUUGAGGUCUCCAGGGCCCAAAACCCCAAGCAGAUCACUCGUCUGGCUAAGGAGGUUGGUAUUGCUUCUCACGAGCUUGAGCCUUACGGUGCCUACAAGGCGAAGGUCGAUCUUAGCGUUCUGAAGCGUCUCGACCACCGCCGCAAUGGCAAGUACGUUGUCGUCACCGGCAUCACCCCUACUCCUCUCGGCGAGGGCAAGUCAACAACCACCAUGGGUCUCGCUCAGGCCUUGGGCGCCCACCUUGGUCGUGUCACCUUCGCAAACGUUCGUCAGCCCAGUCAAGGCCCUACCUUUGGCAUCAAGGGUGGUGCUGCUGGUGGCGGCUACAGCCAGGUUAUCCCCAUGGACGAGUUCAACCUCCACUUGACCGGUGAUAUCCACGCCAUUACUGCGGCAAACAACCUCCUCGCAGCGGCCAUCGAGACGCGCAUGUUCCACGAGGAUACCCAGAAGGACGGACCUCUCUACAGACGUCUUGUUCCCGCAAAGAACGGCAAGCGGGAGUUUGCGCCCGUCAUGUUCCGUCGUCUCAAGAAGCUGGGCAUUGAGAAGACCAACCCCGAUGAGCUCACGGAGGAGGAGGUCCGCCGCUUCGCCCGUCUGGACAUUGACCCUGAGACCAUUACGUGGAGACGUGUGCUGGAUGUCAACGACAGGCACCUUCGCGGUAUCACCGUUGGUGUUGCGCCCACGGAGAAGGGACACAAGCGUGAGACCGGCUUCGAUAUCUCCGUUGCCAGCGAGUGUAUGGCCAUCCUGGCCCUCAGCACCAGCUUGGCUGACAUGCGUGAGCGUCUUGGCCGCAUGGUUGUUGCCAGCUCCAGAAGCGGCGAGCCUGUUACUUGCGACGACCUCGGCGCUGGCGGUGCUCUCACCGCUCUCAUGAAGGACGCCAUCAAGCCCAACCUGAUGCAAACUCUUGAGGGAACUCCCGUCUUCGUGCACGCUGGACCCUUCGCCAACAUCAGUGUCGGCAACAGCUCCAUCCUGGCUGACAAGAUGGCCCUGAAGAUUGUUGGCACCGAGGCUGACGAGAACCCCGCCGAGAAGGCCGGUUUCGUUGUUACUGAGGCUGGUUUCGACUUCACCAUGGGCGGUGAGCGUUUCUUCAACAUCAAGUGCCGUGCCUCCGGUCUUGUUCCGGAUGUUGUCGUCGUUGUUGCCACUGUCCGUGCUCUGAAGGUCCACGGUGGUGGUCCUCCCAUCGCCCCCGGCGCUGCCCUCGAUGCCGUCUACAAGCAGGAGAAUGUCGACAUUCUUCGUGCUGGUUGCGUCAACCUCCGCAAGCACAUCAAGAACGCCAAGGCCUACGGCAUCCCCGUCGUGGUCGCCAUCAACAAGUUCAUCACCGACACCGACGCUGAAAUUGCAGUCAUCCGCGAAGAGGCCAUUGCCGCCGGUGCCGAGGACGCCAUCCUCUCCAACCACUGGGCUGAGGGUGGUAAGGGCGCUGUUGAGUUGGGCAAGGGCGUUAUCGCCGCCAGCGAGAAGCCCAAGGACUUCAAGCUCCUCUACGAUCUCGAGGGAUCCGUCCAGCAGCGCAUCGAGGCCAUUGGCCAGAAGAUGUACGGUGCUGCGGCCGUCGAGUUCAGCGAGCUGGCUCAGAAGAAGGUCGACACCUACACAAAGCAGGGCUUCGGCAACUUGCCUAUUUGCGUUGCCAAGACCCAGUACUCCCUUUCCCACGACCCCAACCUGAAGGGCGCCCCGACCGGCUUCACAGUUCCUGUUAGGGACGUGAGAAUGGCCGCCGGUGCUGGUUACCUGUAUGCGCUCGCCGCCGACAUCCAGACCAUCCCUGGUCUGCCCACAGCUCCGGGUUACCUGAACGUCGAUGUCGACACCGAGACUGGUGAGAUUGACGGCCUGUUCUAA